AUGAGUACGUUUCAGAAUUGUCGUCAUACUCACUAUGGUGGAACUAUACUAACCUCACCUUCUUCGGUAUCACAUAAUCGUAAGCAUAAUCAAAAUCAAAUAUCAUCACAUCCUCAAAAAUUUCCAACCUUUGGCCCAUACAUCGUGGGGUCUACAUUGGGACAAGGUGAAUUUGGAAAGGUUAAAUUGGGUUGGUCCAAAGUAAAUAGUAGUAAUGGUGAUUAUACAAAAAUAUCAAAACAAGUGGCUAUUAAAUUGAUUAAACGAGAUACCUUAAUUAAUGAUAAAAGUAAAGAGAUCAAAAUAUAUAGAGAGAUAAACGCUUUAAAACAAUCUAGUCAUCCAAAUAUAGUUCGGUUGGAGGAAGUGUUGCAAAAUUCAAAAUAUAUUGGUAUAGUAUUAGAAUAUGCAUCUGGUGGAGAAAUCUAUAAAUACAUCCAAAAGCGAAGAUGCUUGAAAGAAAAUGUCGCAUGCAAAUUAUUUUCUCAAUUAAUUAGUGGUGUCAAGUAUAUUCAUUCAAAGGGGUUGGUACAUAGAGAUUUGAAAUUGGAGAAUCUCUUAUUGGACAAGAACGAAAAUUUGAUUAUUACUGAUUUUGGAUUUGUCAAUGAAUAUUAUUCAAAUAAUGGAAUGAUGGAAACUUCGUGUGGUUCUCCAUGCUAUGCUGCACCUGAACUAGUUAUUAGUAAUAAGCCAUAUGAUGCAAGGAAAGCAGAUAUAUGGUCAUGUGGAAUUAUUUUGUUUGCGAUGUUAGCUGGUUAUUUACCAUGGGAUGAUGAUUCAGAAAACCCAGAUGGUGAAGAUAUCGCUAGAUUAUAUUAUUAUAUAGUGAACACUCCAUUAAAAUUUCCUGAUUAUAUUGCACCAAUCCCAAGAGACCUGUUGCGACGUAUUCUUGUAGUAAAACCUUCAAAAAGAAUUGCUAUUGAACAAAUAUGCCACCAUUCUUGGCUAUCCCCAUAUUUAUCCAUGUUAUCAAUAACCGCACAAGAAUGGGAUAAAAUAUAUGAAUCUAAAGACCUUCUGAGGAUACCAAAACAUCAUAAACAAUACAGCCAACGGCCACACUCAAUAUGUUCUACUGCAUCUAAUUAUUCAAAAGGUACGAGUAAUGGUAAUAAUAGUAAUACUGAAAAGAGAAAUUCAUUAAUUAUGGAUAAUACAUUGUAUGCUUUUCCAGCUCCACCAAGAGAAUACCAAUCUCAUGUAUUAGCUAUUCCUUCAGCGCCGUCGCCUGAAUUAAGAGCUAUGAAUAGUAGAUCUCCGGGGAAACGUGGCCAUAAUAGAAGCAAUUCCGCUGCUUCACUUGCCUUGCAAGCUGUAGUUGAUGCUGACAGACAACAUUUUACAUCAACUUCUUCUUUUUCUUCUUUUUCUUCUUAUACUACUAAUAACAACAACAAUAAUAGUACUAAUAUUCCUAAUCACAGCAAUAAUAAUAGCAAUAGCCAAUAUAAUAGUAGAAAUGCCGAUAGUAAUUUCAUUACACCAGUGUGCUUAUCGGAACUUAAUAAUGAGCAAAUUAAUUUAAGUCCCUUAAAAUUAGAUGAUUCAAAAUUAAAGAAUUCAGCUUUUGUAUCCAGUUAUAUUAGAUAUAACAACGGAAAUAAAUCCAGGAUUUCAUAUUCACAAUCGAGAAAACCAAGACCAACUUCGUACUAUCCAGGUUUAAUCUCCGAAAAUAAUCAUGUCUCAUUACUGUCAUCUUCAUCAUAUUCAUCGAUCUCCAUUACACCAUUACGUGGACAACAUUUGCAGAAAAGUGAUUCGAAUGCAAAUAAAUCUCCAUUUGAUUCGAUCCCCAAUCUUGGUACAGAUACUGCUGUGACUUCAAUGACAGAAAUUACUGAAGAUGAAGAUUGUGGCAAGAAACUAGAUGAUAUAAAAAAGAUAAACGGUGAAUCACCAAAAUUAGUGGCUAGGAAAACAUCAUCAAUAUUCAGUAAGGUAUCUGUUGAUACAGAUGUUAAUGCUAGUGGAGAUAUAAUGAAAAUAAAUGGAGAUAUCGAAACAUUAAUUAAAAGGGUACAAGAACAUAUCAUAAUCGAUGAAAAUGAAAAGGAAAAGGAAAAGGAAAGUGAAAUUGAAAAUUGUAAAAAUACAAAAUCUGGAAGACCAUGCAGUAUGUAUACUACCACAACAACAACAUCAUCAUCAGUACACAAGACGAUUUCACCUACCAUCAAAGAAAUAUCUAACAACAUUUUAUCAAAGAAAAACAAUGGGAUUGAUGUAAAUGUUGAACAACUAAAUGAUAACAUGAGUAAAUCAAAGAGUAAUAUAAAUAAGCAUAGGUACAAGCGUUCAAAUGUUAGACAUAAUAUUAAAAGAACAUCCAUGAUAGUUACACAGCCUGUAAUAAUUGAGGAUGAGACACCAACAUAUGAGUCCAUAAAUGUAACGUCUGCGCCACAUAAUUAUCAAACCAUUUCUAGAACAAGAAAAGUGAUUGAUUUUUUCAAGCGUAGAAGUAUGAAAAUAUAG